UCAACGUCAACUUCAAAAACCAAAAUGUCUUUUUAAAAAGAUACAAAAUCCCGAAAUUCAGAAAAAAUAUUGACUUAAAAAUAGCUUCUUGAUUGGUUGUAUUAAUAUCCUCAUGAAAAUAAAGCAAAACUGCAGCAAAUGUUGAAAUAAGCAUAAAACAAUGGUAUCACCAUAUUUUUAUAAUACAUGUUAUUGAAAAAUGAAAAGACAUUGAUAGUGUUAUCUUAUUUUAUUUCGUGCAUCGAUGUUCUAACGUGGCAAAUGCGUCCGCUGCGUUUGCGACGUGUGGUGGGGCUGGAGGGGCGCGCCAAUGACGUCGUGUUCUGCCCCGCGCCCCGCCCCGUCACACCCCCACAAAAACUCGGUGCGCUUGUCUUCUUUGGUGGGGAUGUACAGGAUUAUCCUGAAAUAAUGCAAGCGCAUCGAGAUUAUCGAAACUAUUUAAAAUACAACUUGGAGAACACGGCGCGCAUCCUCGGACACAGCUUCCCUACCAAACAUAUAUUGGUUGUGAGACCCUCUAGGAUAGAGUACAAAAGUUUUAGCUGCUUCGACAACUUCGUGCCCGGCAAUAGCGCCGGCGUGCCCGACCACGCGCCUACGCACAAUGCCCUACUCCACCUUGAGAGGUACAAACACUUUAGCAGCGAAAAUUUUCAGCCGUGGACCGUAGUAACAAACAUCCAAUUAUACAAACUGUCGCAUAAUAUAAGUAAGAUCAUAAGAUUCGAAUUAAAUGUCUGUACAAUUAAACGACCUGGUACCAGGUCCCCGCUGUGGUGGCGCGAGGGUCUGCGGCUGGAGCAGUGUCCUCUGACGCUGGUGGGGUUCAGCAAGGGCUGUGUGGUGCUGAACCAGUUCAUCUAUGAGUUCCACUACGCAAAUACCCUCACGCCUGGAGAUGAUCACAUGAAGAGACUGAUGUCCCGCAUCGAGGCGAUGUACUGGCUGGACGGCGGACACGCGGGCGGCAAGAACACCUGGCUCACCGCGCGCAGCCUGCUGGAGACCCUCACUAGGCUCAACAUCAAGAUCUUCGUGCACGUGAGUCCGUACCAGGUGGAGGAUGAGGAGCGUCCCUGGAUCGGCCGCGAGGAGCGCGCCUUCACCGCGCUGCUCACCAAGCUGGGAGCACAGGUAAAGCGUUACCUGCACUCGCAGCCGGGCGCGCCGCACUCGCUGCACAUGCACUUCGAAGUGCUCACAGCGUUCGCGACACACGCGCGCGAUGACGUCACUACACUGCAGUGACACACAUGAGGUGUCAUAAGUCGAUGCCUCCCACAAUGGGCGUAGUCUAAAAUAUUUGCCAUAAUUUCUUGUUUUUUUGCCAUUUUAGUUUGACAUAAGCGUUGACAUCGAUUGUAUCUCACUGACGCCAGUUUAUGUUCACAAUGUGCCAGUCCAGUUAAGUUUGUCCAACUGUACUGGCCAAGUGUGAACCAAGCAAUGCCAAAUUUACUAUAGGUAAACUAGGCUAGUCAACAUACGUGCUGGCAUUCAACUGGUAUAAUGUAAACGCUCACUGGCGCCAGUGAACCCAUACAAUCCCAGGCCAGCGUUACUGUCCAAUUGUAUAAUAUGUAGGAGACACACUCGUGUCACGAACUCGCUAGAGUUUCAUACGAAAUUAGACGAAAACAAACUUUUAUUUGAAUCCAAAACAUACGAAAUUGACAACUUACAUUAUUGUAAAGUGUAAAUAUUUUUUUUUUAAUAUGUAUAUUGUGUUAUUAUAAAAAUGAUCUCAAUUGUUUUUAAGAAUAUUCGGUACAUAAUAAAGUCUAUUUUCGAUCAA